UCGCGCUGCCUCGGGCGGGGGCGGGGCCUCAUCCGGGCCCCGCCCCGCCCCGCCGGUGGCCAAGGGCGCGGCACCCUCACUUCACUGCAGAGCUGUGGUCUGCACCAGCCGAGCGGAGGUGAUCCAGAGCCAGCAUGGCUGUCCUCUCUAAGGAAUAUGGUUUUGUGGUUCUCACCGGUGCCGCCAGCUUCAUAAUGGUAGCUCAUCUAGCCAUCAACGUUUCCAAGGCCCGAAAGAAGUACAAAGUGGAGUAUCCCACCAUGUACAGCACGGACCCUGAGAAUGGGCACCUUUUCAACUGCAUUCAGCGCGCCCACCAGAACACGCUGGAAGUGUAUCCUCCCUUCUUAUUUUUCCUAGCUGUUGGAGGUGUUUACCACCCGCGUGUAGCUUCUGGCCUGGGCUUGGCCUGGAUUGUUGGACGAGUUCUUUAUGCUUAUGGUUAUUACACAGGAGAGCCCAGCAAGCGGAGUCGCGGGGUCGUGGGCUCCAUAGCCCUCAUUGGCCUCAUGGGCACAACCGUGUGCUCUGCCUUCCAGCACCUCGGUUGGGUUAAGACCGGCUUGGGCGGUGGGUCCAAAUGCUGCCAUUGAAGAACUACAGGGUCUUCAAAAACUCAUUCGUUUUGAGUGACUUAACUUUUAUUGUCAGUGACUUUUUUUUUUUUUCUAAGUAUAAUAAAAACUUACCUGGCCUUAGCCUCAUACCUAAA